AUUCAAAUAUAACAUUUUCGCGUUUUUUGAAGGAAAUGGAGUUGAAAAGUUGGACAAGGUGUUGAAUCCUACGGAGAAGCGGACUUUUGAUGAUCAUAGUAACAUGUAGCUGACAUGAGAUCAUUGGGAUGGAUAUAAAAGACCUAAAGACGUGCGCAAUUAUGUGGGAAAAUAACAAAUGAAACAGAUCACACAAACCUCCUCAAUAUGUCUACCAAAUACAUCAACAAGCUUAAUGGCCAGCGCGUCCUGGUGAUCGGUGGCUCAACAGGUAUUGGCUUCGCCGUUGCCGAAGCAGCCCUCGAACACGGCGCAAAUGUCGUUAUCAGCAGCUCCAACCAAUCCAAAAUCGAUUCUGCCAUCGAGCGCCUCAAAGCUCACAUAAACAACAACCACCUUCCAGUUAGGAAGAUCUCUGGAAAAGUCUGCAACCUCGCCAAACCGGAAACAAUCGAGGCCAACGUUAAAGAACUACUCGAAUCUGCUUCUCAAGACGGAAAACUCGACCAUGUCGUCUUCACGGCUGGAGACUUUAAUCCUUCGCCAAGUCUCGACUCAGCGACUGUCAGUGUCAUCUCUAAAAUCGGCAUGGUCCGCGUUAUGGGCGCUCUUUUUGUCGCAAAGCAUCUCUCGAGUUAUAUCAACCAGACGAACCGCAGUUCGUUUACCAUCACGGGAACAACUACUGACUCUCGUCCUGCUGGAGCGGGUUGGUCUGUUCUCAAAGCAGCAGCCGGUGGAAUCGAGCCAAUGGCUCGUGCUUUGUGUAUUGAUCUUAAGCCUGUGCGUGUAAAUUGCGUCACGCCGGGUUUUGUGCAUACAGCUCUGUUUGAUGGGUUUCCGCAAGACGUUAGGGACGUUAUUUUUCCUGCUAUGGAGAAGGACUCUGUUGUAGGUAGGCUUGGGACUGCAGAGGAGUUGGCGGAGGCUUAUGUUUAUUUGAUGAAGUGUUCUUUUGCUACUGGGUCGAUUGUUGUCGUCGACGGAGGUAGGAUUGUUGGAGAUGACAAGAGUCAGUGAGCUUCAAGUUUAACCCCAUGGCCAGCA